AUGGAAACUUCGAUUACGUUCCUUGGGUCAACAAAACCCAGUCUUUCAUCCCUUGCUCCUUCUUCGAACGUCCUUCAUCGCCGUCUUCGGCGAGUUUUCCCGGUUCCUGCUUUGAAGUUGAAGAAAGUUUCAGUGUUACCGCGAAUCUCGCACCGGAAUUGUCUAAUCAGAGCUCAGUGCUCCGAUGGAUUGGGACCAGUGGAAGACGAUGGGUUUGUGCUAGAAGAUGUUCCUCACUUGACAAAUUUUCUUCCUGAUUUACCGUCGUACCCAAAUCCUUUGAAGGAAAGCCAAGCAUACGCUAUUGUUAAGCGAACCUUUGUCAGUUCCGAAGAUGUGGUUGCCCAAAAUAUUGUAGUUCAAAAGGGAAGUAAGCGAGGAGUGCACUUUAGGCGAGCGGGGCCUCGAGAAAGAGUGUACUUUAGAUCUGAUGAAGUAAAAGCUUCCAUAGUGACAUGUGGGGGCUUGUGCCCUGGGAUAAAUACAGUGAUACGUGAAAUCGUAUGUGGGUUGUACAAUAUGUAUGGUGUCACUAAUAUUCUUGGCAUUGAGGGAGGAUAUAGAGGCUUUUACUCCAAAAACACAAUGACCCUGACGCCUAAAGUAGUCAAUGAUAUCCAUAAACGCGGUGGCACUUUCCUUCAAACCUCGAGAGGAGGACACGAUACAGCGAAGAUUGUUGAUAACAUCCAAGAUAGAGGAAUUAAUCAGGUGUAUAUUAUUGGAGGUGACGGAACGCAAAAAGGCGCAGAAAAAAUAUACCAGGAAGUCGAGAGGCGUGGUCUUCAGGUGGCAGUUUCUGGCAUCCCCAAGACAAUUGAUAACGAUAUUGCUGUAAAUACAGCGGUAAGUGUUCUGUUGGCAUAUGUGGACCUGUGGUCUGUCAUUCUUUUGAGAGUCGCUUACGGAAAUAUCAAUCUUUCUGUAGGUUUUAUUGCCAUGAUUGCAACUUUAGCGAACCGUGAUGUGGAUUGUUGCUUGAUUCCGGAGUCUCCAUUCUUUCUUGAAGGAAAGGGUGGACUCUUUGAGUUUAUUGAACAGCGACUCAAAGAGAACAGGCACAUGGUUAUUGUGAUAGCUGAAGGAGCUGGACAGGAUUAUGUUUCUCAAAGCAUGCGUGCAUCUGAAACUAAAGACGCGUCAGGAAAUAGACUCUUGCUUGAUGUUGGUCUAUGGUUGACCCAACAGAUAAAGGAUCACUUUACAAAUGUUCGGAAAAUGACCAUAAAUAUGAAAUACAUAGAUCCGACGUAUAUGAUAAGAGCAAUACCGAGUAACGCAUCAGACAAUGUCUAUUGCACUCUUCUUGCCCAAAGUGCAGUUCAUGGAGCAAUGGCUGGGUACUCAGGUUUCACUGUGGGACCAGUUAACAGCAGACAUGCUUACAUCCCAAUUUCUCGGGUGACUGAAGUGACCAAUACGGUGAAGUUAACGGAUAGGAUGUGGGCUAGACUCCUUGCAUCGACAAAUCAACCGAGUUUCUUGACUGGUGAAGGAGCAUUGCAGAAUGUGAUCGACAUGGAAACUCAAGAAAAGAUUGAUCAGAUGAAGAUCUCUUCUAUCUAA